AUGGAGGAUGCCGAGGGACAUACCACAGCCGAAGGGAAGGGCGGGAGAGCCGUGCUGAGUGGGUGCAAUGUCCAGACUCCUGCAGACUAUCCCUCCAGCCCCAGGUCCAUACCCAGGUCCAGAGCUUCCGUUAUGGGGCUGGAGGAAGUCAUCAAUGGACUACGCCAAGAGGACGAGUUCGGGAACACGUGCAGAAGUGCAAUGCAUGCUGGGACAGGUAGUCCCGAGGAGGGGGAUCCGCUCAGUGAAGAGGCUGCGAGUCCUCCACACGUGCGUAAUCACCCGCCACCCGCCAGGCCCGGCUGUGAACCUGAAGAUCUGAUCAUGUCCUAUUUAUUAUGUACGGUGUUUUACUCAGCUUCAUUCUUCUAUUUUCAGAGGAAAGCGGCAGCCUGUGUGUCACGAAUGCAACUAACAGGAAGUCUCUGUGUAGGGGACACGCAGGCCGGAGAGCUGGGACUCGGCGCCGUACCUGGAAGACAAGACGCGUUCCGCGCCGGGCUGGAGCGAGCCGUGAGAUUGGCCACCGACUUGGAAUGUCAGAGGAUUCAUAUCAUGGCAGGCCGGGCCCCGGGGGGGCGGGAUCGGGGGUCAGCGGAGAAGGAAAUGGAAGAGACUUUUGUUGAGAACCUCAGAUACGCGGCGGACAUGUUGGAUCAGGUCGGAAUGGUCGGGCUGAUUGAGCCGAUAAACUGUCGUCUUACGGAACCGCGCUACUUCCUGAACACGCCGCAGCAAGCGGCUGCGAUCUUACAGAAAGUGGGGAGAGAAAAUCUGAAGAUGCAGAUGAAACGUUUCUACUUCCUGCGCUCUCCGAUGGAUGGGAGGCGGAUCUGGCACAUGCCGGGUCUAUUAAGCUCAGCUCUUCGGGGGGCCGGGUUUUGCGGUUUGACCGCCACUAAUAGCGCUUCCUAUCGACCUUUGUCCUCAGGUCACGUCCAAAUCGCGCAGGUCCCCCAUCGGCACGAGCCGGACAGUCCCGGAGAGCUGAAUUUCCCGUACCUGUUCGACCUCCUGGAGGAGCUGGGCUACCAGGGAUACGUCGGAUGUGAAUACAAACCUUGCGGUGACACGUUAGCUGGACUGGGUUGGAUGGAGGAGUAUCAUAAAAGGCGGGAAGAGCGAGGCGAGCCCAACUGAAUCCUUGGAAUC